GAUUGAAUCGACACAAUUUUAUAUUCUACAGGAUUCACUGAAUAGUUAUUUGUAGUGAAGCUGUCCUGAUAACAAUCUUACCAACUCAUUAUUUUAUUUCGCUCAGUUCAAACAUCAGGUGCCGCUGUUUCGUUUCGUGUCAAAACAUUGUGAUACUUAUGUCAUAUCAACAAGCACUUGCGGGAUCAAAGAAUCGAUAAAGCGGCGAGGUAGUUGAAUCUCUUCACGUUGAAACACCUUAUCACGCUCAGCGUCCAAACCUCAUAUUAACGUUUUCCAGAAAUAUAUACCGUGCGUGAAUUAGGUAACUUGGUCAUCCGAUUUACCAGCACACCGUUCAUUUUACAUAGUCAGCUCUCAUACGGUGCGAAUAGCAGCAAGGUCAUUAUCAACAACAACCUCAACAGUAUGGCAGGAAGAUUCCCUUUCGACUCAUCUGGCCAUUCGGGUGGCAACCCAGUAAGUAAAAUUGAUUAAAAAUACGAAUACGAACAACCAGUAAAUUCAAUAUACACCGAUCUCGCGAACGAAAAUUAUAAACUGAUCCGACGCGUCUGGAAUAGAAUUAGAAUUCGCCCGUUUUUAUCCAUGUCAUCUGCUCGUCGAUCUCACAUGCUCUAUUUUAAUGAUUACCUUUAUUAGCUAAACAUAAACAUUCCUCAAGUUCGGGCCGCCCUGGGCAUUGAUGAGGCCGUCUAUGUACAAAGACAACAAGAAAUGCGGGAGAUCCAACUUCGCCAAUUAUUAUUCCAAGAUCGCAUCGACCAAUUCAACCAGCAAAAUCGACUGGAAAGCAUGCAGAAUAUACUUGUCCAAGAACAACAGCUCAAAGCACUAGGUGAUCAUCUUCAAGAGUAUCCAGAACUGCAACAUUAUUCUCGCAUUUUGUUAAACGAACAAUUGCAGCGAAACGAAGAACGGAGUGUCACUGAUCGCCUCCGAUUACAAGCCGAGGAGGAACUGAGGAGAAGACAGGCAUUAGCUCACCAACAACAACAGCUAGAGCAGCGACAGCAACAACAGCUACAGCAGCAGCAGCAGCAGCAGCAGCAACAACAACAACAACAACAACAACAACAACAACAACAACAACAACAACACAGUGCUCAGUUAUCGCCACGAUUACAGUCGACGGUUCCUGUAGUUCCUAAGACACAAUGUGUAAACCAGUCAAUGCUUCGUGACAUAGCAGCAGAUUCCCUAGCUGGCAAUGCUAUCAAACGAAGUGAUUUUGACAAGAGGCAAUUUGCACAACCUCGAAAAGAGAUUCCGGAGACAGCAGCGUCGACGACGAAGAAGCGUGGGAGGUCUAGCUCAAAAGAUACCAUCGAUAUUGAGUCUUUGGGAAGUCGUAAAAAAGCGAAAGGAAAGAAAACAAAAACCGAUGGUGCCACAAAGGUUGCAAGUAAGAAGGAGUCGAAAAUUGAGAACAAAGGCAACAGUCGGAAACCUUCCGUGCAAGACUUGUUGGAUUUUGCAACUUCGACGGAACCCAGCAUGAAAAGUUCUGACUUAUCGCCGUCUAAAACACUCGAUCUUGCCUCCAAAUCUCCCCGUGGAUCAUUCGGCGACCUCAUCGAAGCAGCCCGCAAGGAAACUCAAAAUGACGACGCAGCUGGUAUAUUGACCAGUAUUAAAAAAGAUACAACAGAAUGGUCGGAUUCUGAAGACGAACGAGCGGAGGAAGAGGAGGAACGCCAAAUUGCUGUUGCAAAAGGGGAUACAAUUAUACUUCCUAAUUUUCAAUCGUUUUUGCCACAGAUUUCCGAGGAACCUCUAUUGGAAUUACCCGCUGGUAAAAAGAAGAAAAAACAUAAAUACUUUUUGGAUGGCGACGACUCAUCAGUCGAGACGAAACCAAGCGGGAGAAAGAAAGAUACGAAAACCAUUAGAGAUGAGGAGAAGAAAGCAUUCGAACGCGUAUUUGGUGACUUGUCAUAUCCAAUUGACCCCUGGUGGCCUACGGUUACUAGCAUCAAACGCGAAAGAAAGUCCCUAGGACAAACACACAACGAUGACGAUGACAAUUUACAAAAGGUUGGGAACGAAAAUCAAUUUCGGGCAAACUUGGAAAAAAUUGAAGAAAGACUCAAGCAUGACGUCGAACCAGGUGUUCUGGAGAAGAUUCCGCACUGUAGAUGUCAUCGGAUGGCAAUGAAAAAGAGGAAGAACUCAUCAAGCCAGGAACUUGUAUAUUGUACGCAGGUGACAGAACUAUAUCCAAAUGAAGUGAUGGUGUGCUGUUCACACUGUGGCACAUGGCGACAUACUUCUUGCGGUGGACACUACAAGGCAUAUUCUGUUCGAGAGGCCAUAGAGAAACCUUUCAAAGCAAUUUGCGAUAGAUGCUACGUAGAGGAGAAAAUCCUGAGCGACAAACCUCUCGCUCGGAAACGUAUCGAUAGACAACGAAUCGAACAACUCCGUCGUGGGUUAUCAACAUCUGCUGCGAUGCGACAGCAUUCUUUUUCCAAGCACGGGGGUACAUAUAAGUGGCCUCUGGGAAGUGUUUCUGCUACUCAUAUUGGAGGCCACACCCGUAGCGUCCAUUCUCGUCACGAUAAAGCAGAGAAGCAAUGGACAGAUAUGGCGACAAAACUUGGUCGAGGAUAUGGACACAGACCAAAAGAAAAGGUGAAGGUCAGAACAAAAGAAUUUGAAAGACUUCUCAUAUCGAUUGAAGAUGCAGGUAAGGAAGUAAAGAGGCAAGCAACCUUGACUUUUUGCAUGUAAUCUCAUGGUUUCUCUGACGUUGUUCAAUUUUUGCUUGGUCAAAUCGAUUGUUUCAGAGGGCCAUACGGAUAGACACAAUAUGCUGGUCUUUCUAAUGCAGGACACUCUGAGAACUGACCCUGUAGGAUUUGAGAAGCGUCGUCGGAAUUUGUUUGAUCCUGAAGAUGACGAAGACGACCAAGAAGAAGACACCUCCAAUGCAGAAGUUCUUUCAGGCUCAGAAGAUGAAUCCGAGAAUAAAAAGCCGACGGUAUUGGCUAUAACGGAGCAGAAAAGUCGCAAUAAUUUGGAGGAUUCGGAUAAAGGUGCAAAUAAAGAUGCAUGCGCUAUUUGCGCCAAAAAAGGAUGCAGCAAACUAUCCCGUUUUGAUUCUAUUUUCUGUUCGGAUGCUUGUGGGGUGUCAGUUUUGGAGAGCGAUCUACUUCGGACUUUCUUCUACUCGAGUGACAUUCACCCAUCUUCGCUUCGCCAUUGAUCGCAAAGCCGUUCAAGGAGCAACAGCUUGAGAUAAUUUAACCACUCCCAUAUGUAUAAAUGAAAGAAUGCCGUAUUCAGCUUCAAGGCCUACUUAGUGGCAGCUAGAAAGAAGCCAAUAAUACUAUUUAUAAAUA